AUGGACACCGUUGUCCAUUGUGCUUUCUCUCGUUCUCUCUCUCUCUCUCUCUCUCUCCUCUCUCUCUCUCCGCUCCUCAAGCUCUCUCUCUCUCUCGCUCUCUCUCUCUCUCUCUCUCUCUCGCUCUCUCUCUCUCUCUCUCUCUCUCUCCUCUCUCUCUCUCUCGCUCGUCCUCUCUCUCUCUCUCUCUCUCUCUCUCUCUCUCUCUCUCUCUCUCUCUCCUCCUCUUGA